UAGAGGUAUCGUUACCAUUGAGUGUAUAGUGCUAAACUUAUUUUAGUCAUCGACGAAACUUCGAAGUGGAAAUAAUUAAUUUGUGUUGAAAAAAAAUUUAUAUUUUUAAAAAAUGAAGUUCGCUCUAUUUUUAGGAGUCGUUGCUAUUCUUGCUAUCUCAGGAGAUGCAUUAAAAUGCUACCAAUGUACUAACUGUGCUGAUCCUUUCACUAAAAAUGAAACUUUAUUGAAAGACUGCGGUGUAGAUACUCACUGUGCAAAGGGAGUUAUUACAUUCCAAAACAAUACCCAAAGGUACGGACGUGCAUGCGUCAGUGCCACCUCGAUGGAAAACCCUAUCAAACCAAACCAAUUGAACUUUUCACUCUAUGAUUCUGCUAGCUUAUACUUUUGCAAUACUGAUGGAUGUAAUGGAAGUGGAUCCAUCUCUGCAGUUAUAUCCAUUAUUUUUACAACUUUAGUAGCAUCACUCUUUGCUAGUUUUUGAAAAUAAAAGUAUUUGAGAUCUAAAUAAAUUAUUAGCUGAGGUUACAAUA